AUCUACCUAUCACCUAUCUAUCUAUUCAUCUGUCAAUCAUCUCUUUAUCAUUUACCAAUCAAUGUCUCUAUUUAUCUAUCUUUUCAAAUAUCUAUCUUUAAGUAAACACGGCUUGUUAUACCCAUUCAUGCCCUCCUAGGUUCCUCACAUCCCCGAGCUAGUGACAGAGAGCAGUUUGUCAUUGCUGAUAUGAUCAUGGAUGGCGAGGGAUGGGUCUCUUGUGUUCUGGGAGUUGUCCAGGUACCCUGACUCUGACUGUCCCUUUGAGGGCUGUCUGCUGUGCCUGGUCCUUUUGCUGCUGGGCACAUAGGGCCAGAGUUCCCACCACCUUUCUGAAGGGCUGCAGUAGACUUUUCAUCGGGAAUUACCCUCCAGGGGAGAGAAAGGGAGCGCCCAGGCCCGCUUCAAGAGACACAAUCCCAGGUUGUGAAAUGUGCUCGCCGGAAGCGUUUCAGGCACAGAGGAGCCAGCUGGUGGGGUUGCUGGUCUCGGGAUCCUUGGAGGGCUUCGAGAGCAUCCUGGACUGGCUGCUGUCCUGGGAAGUCCUCUCCUGGGAGGAUUACGAGGGCCUCAGCCUCUUGGGCCAGCCUCUUUCUCACCUGGCCAGGCGCCUCUUGGAUACUAUCUGGAAAAAGGGUACUUGGGGCUGUCAGAAGCUCAUUGCAGCUAUCCAGGAGGCCCAGAACAACAGCCAGUCCCCUGAACUGCAUGACCGCUGGGACCCUGACUCACUCCAGCCAACCGGGGACCUGCUGAGUCAUCGGCCAGCCCUCGUCAGGAGACUCUACAGCCAUGUGGAGGGCGUGCUGGACCUGGUGCAGGAGCAGGGCUUUGUCAGCCCGUAUGAAUGUGAUGAAAUCAGGUUGCCAAUCUUCACGUCAUCCCAGAGGGCAAGAAGGCUGCUUGAUCUGGCCACAGUGAAGGCAAAUGGACUGGCUGCCUUCCUCCUACAACACAUUCAGGAAUUACCAAUCAACCCAACCCUACCUUUUGAAGCUGCCGCAUGCAAGAAGUACUCGUCCAAGCUGAGGACCAUGGUCUCCGCUCAGGCUCGCUUCCUCAGUACCUACGAUGGGGUGGACAACCUUUGCCUGGAGGACAUAUACACAGAGAAUAUCCUGGCUGUCCGGAGGGAUGUGGGUGUGGCUGGAUCCCCAAAGAAGAGCCCGGCUACGCUGGGCCUGGAGGAGCUCUUCCACGCUGGUGGUCACCUCAAUGAAGAUGCGGACACCAUGUUGGUGGUGGGGGAGGCGGGCAGCGGCAAGAGCACACUCCUGCAGCGGCUGCACUUGCUCUGGGCCACCGGGCGGGACUUCCAGGAGUUUCUCUUUGUCUUCCCUAAGGCCCUGCUCCAGCGCCAGGCCUGUGACCGGUGGUGUCUGGCUCGCACCCUCCGCAAGCACUUCCACUCCAUCCCGCCAGCCGUGCCGGGUGAGGACAAGAGCAUGCAUGCCAUGCCCGGGUUCAUCUGGCUCAUCCGGAGCCUAUAUGAGAUGCGGGAGGAGCGGCUGGCCAGGAAGGCUGUGCGUGGGCUGAAGGUGGGGCACCUCAAGUUGACAUUUUGUAGCGUGGGCCCCACUGAGUGUGCUGCUCUGGCCUUCGUGCUGCGGCACCUCCGGCGGCCCGUGGCCCUGCAGCUGGACUACAACUCGGUGGGUGACAUUGGCGUGGAGCAGCUGCUGCCUUGCCUCAGCAUCUGCAAGGCCCUUUAUUUGCGAGAUAACAAUAUCUCGGACCGAGGCAUCUGCAAGCUUAUUGAACAUGCUCUUCACUGUGAGAAUCUGCAGAAGUUAGCUCUGUUCAACAACAAACUGACUGACGGCUGUGCACAUUCCAUGGCCAAGCUCCUUGCCUGCAAACAGAACUUCUUGGCAUUGAGGCUGGGGAAUAACCACAUCACCGCCGCAGGUGCCCAGGUGCUGGCUGAGGGGCUCCGAGGCAACACAUCCCUGCAGUUCCUGGGGUUCUGGGGCAACAGUGUGAGUGACAAGGGGGCCCAGGCCUUGGCUGAAGCCUUGCAUGAUCACCAGAGUUUGAGGUGGCUCAGCCUCGUGGGGAACAACAUUGGCAUCACGGGUGCUCAAGCCUUAGCACUGAUGCUGGAAAAGAACAUAAUCCUAGAAGAACUCUGCCUGGAGGAGAACCAUCUCCAGGAUGAAGGUGUGUGUGCUCUUGCAGAAGGACUGAAAAGAAAUUCCAGUUUGAAAGUCCUGAAGCUCUCCAACAACCACGUCACUUGUCUCGGGGCAGAAGCCCUCUUGCAGGCCCUUGAAAGGAAUACCACCAUCCUGGAAGUCUGGCUCCGAGGGAACACUUUCUCUGUAGAGGAAAUUGAGAAGCUCAGCCACAGGGAUGCCAGACUCUUGCUUUGAUGUCCCCAGGUCAACGUUCAUUCCAGUUUGUGAGCUCUGAGCUGGACCCCAGAAGCUGGAUCACAUCUGGCAGCAGCCGAUUCGGAUUGAGCCCUGGGCUGAAUUCAUAUUCUUGGAACACAAUAAGUCACUUUAUUCUGGUAGAGAAUGGAGCAUCUGCGCUUUCCAGGAGAGACGUUCCUCCAGCCUACUUCUACCAUCAAGUUCUGGGGCAGCCUCUCCUCCAUAGCAUGUGGCUGGCCUCCUGUUGAUCUCCAGGGUUCUACCAUGGCACCAGUGGGGCCCUCAAUGUUCAUGCAAGAGCUGGUGACUUAGAGAGCUGGGCCCAUAUACAAGACCCCCUCCCACUUCUCUCAAAAAGAGUAUUCCAGAAAAUGUCCUGGUAUGUCUCAACUCACAGGCCAUCUGUCCUGGCCACUCCCCACCUCUGGGUCCUCCACUCAUCCUGGACCCCUGCACAUGGCACUUUCUCUGCGGUCAAGGUCCAGAAUGUUAUCAUGCUGUCCCCCAAAGCAUAGAAUGAGAAGGUCUGCGGCUUUCCCAUGCAUUCCAUUCUGGUACUUACGACAUUUUUGGAAGAGGACACGUUGACAGCCUUUUGUUCCCCAAGACAUUCUAGAGGUGCGAGAAAACUAUGAUCACACUCCAGCUGGGAUCACACGUGCACUUCCACUUCCAGUGAAAUCGGGUACUCUUCAGAAAAGCCUUUGGAAACAGCUCCCCAUCCAAAUGCAGCUUUUAAAGUUAAUCUGGGCCAGAAUUUCAGAUGGCCCCACUAGGCUGCCGGUGGCUGCCUGUGAAUUGAACUCUGACAACAGACUUCGGAAAUAUAUCCAUAAGAGACACUUCUGUUUUAUUUGUGCCAGAAUGCUUUAGGAUAUAUAGUUAUGGAAUGGAAGUUUACAGGGGGGCAAACUCAUGCCCUUCUUUAGAAGCAAAUCUUUUUUUAGGGUUUUUCAAAAUGAUGCAUGUUGAAGCCUUUGUAAGCUGCCAGGUGCUGUGUGAGCAUUACUAAUUUAUACAUUAUUAUGUGCAAAAACUGGUUAAUAUUUAUCACCCACUUUGUUUUAUUUUCCCAAGUAUAUAUUUUCUGAAAAACAUGA